CGCCCUACAUGGCACUCCGAGCCUCGUAUCCGGCCUAUGGUUGGAGACUUGUUUCCCAGUAUUAUGUUACGGGAACUCCGAAUGCCGCCCCACUAGUGGACAAUGAAGUGGUGGAAAUCAAGGCCAAAAUGAUAAACGAUAUACGAUGGGAUUGUGCUCGGAACCUGGCAUCGCGAAGUUGGUGCUUCUGCCAUACUUUGGAAAAGUCACCGGGAUCGAACUAUCGUCAUCGAUACUCGCCAAGGCCAUACGUGAGCCAAACUACCAGUCCUUGGACCCUGCUCUCCGUCCGCCACCACUGCAAGAAGUAGCGCUGGAAGUUUUGCGAUUACAGCGAGACAGCCAAACAGGAACCCCAGGAAAAUUAGAGUACCUGGAAGACAACGCCUUGACUCUCAAGAAUUGUCCGGCUGCACACGGCGCACCUUCCGCCGAUGUUCCUGAAGCGGCUCGGGUGGAUCUCAUCUUUGCAUGCCAAGCUGCGCAUUGGCUCAUACCGUACUCCCAGCUCUUCCCCCUUAUCUAUAUGGUACCUCGUCCGAAAGGCUUGAUAUUCUUUGUCGGCUACUCGGGGCUCUUCCUGCCCGCCUAUCCUUCAUUGCCCGUCCACUCAUCAGCAACUUCAGUGGCGGCCAACCGUCGCCACACUCUGGCGACGGCGUCGGAGGGUACUGGAGCAGCCGAGACGAUCGAUUGUGUAUCAGGGUUUGAGAGCCAUCCCCUUUCCCUAGGAGCGGUGUAGCCACAUAUCUAACCCGCCGCGGUGGGACGCGAGGACAACGCAACGGAGAGUAUUCUCCACUCCUGGCCAGCCAGGGGCGCGCAUCGAAAAUUGGUGGGCGUCACACGACCAGCUCGGUCUUGACGAGCGGGGAGCGGCAACAAAUCUGGCCAUGAACUAGAAAGUGGACUGAGACGCAUUUGCUGGGUACCGCUCCACGUGGCGCUCGAUACACAGCUACACCACCGCUCAUCCGGGCGCUGCCGAACGAUACGGUGGCGGGACGGCGAACCUGGCUGCUAUAUUCUUGCA